AUAAUCUUUCUUUGGUCUUGUUCUUUCUUACAGCUUCAUCUGGCUUAUCAAGAGUGCUACUCUACAAAAUGUCUGGAGACUCCAGGACCUCCAGGUCCACCGGGACUCAGGGGACAGAAAGGAGCUAAAGGCGAUAAUGGUGACCCCGGUCUUAAAGGUCAAAGAGGACGUCCUGGAGAUCCAGGUAUUGAGGGACCCAUUGGACAUCCUGGACCUAAAGGAGAGACUGGUCUCAGAGGUGAAAAGGGAGAAAUUGGAGCACAAGGGAGGAAGGGUGUUGCAGGAAUACUGGGCCGAAAUGGAACAGAUGGGCAGAAGGGAAAAAUUGGCAGGAUCGGCGCUCCUGGCUGCAAAGGUGACCCCGGCGACAAGGGUCCUGAUGGCUAUCCUGGAGAUGUUGGAGAACCUGGUCUUGCAGGGGCUCUGGGAGAAAAGGGCGAUCCAGGUCGUCCAGGAAGACCAGGUCCACUUGGGCCAGCUGGAGAUCCUGGACCCAAAGGAGAGAGAGGAAGUUCCGGAACACCUGGAAUUCCUGGCCAGAAAGGAUCUGCUGGUACAGCUGGAGGACCUGGACCUAAAGGCGACCCUGGAAGACGAGGAGACUUUGGGCCUAAAGGCAGCACCGGAAAUAAUGGGCCAAAAGGAGAAAAGGGUGAACCAGGUUCUGAGGGACCCAGGGGUCUUUCGGGCGAAGCUGGCAACAAAGGAUCCAAGGGUGAUAACGGACUUCCAGGACCAAGAGGCCCACCAGGAGGUCCUGGAGAACCAGGCAGAAAUGGUUCCCAAGGUGACGCAGGUGAUUCUGGCCCUAGAGGUGAUCCUGGCUCUCUAGGACCAAAGGGUGAUUCUGGCAGACCUGGAUUCAGCUAUCCUGGAUCAAGGGGAGCUACGGGUGACAGGGGUGAUAAAGGUGCACCUGGUCCCAGGGGAAGUAGAGGAGACUGUGGACCAAAGGGCGACCCAGGUCCAAAGGGAACUCCUGGAGAGUCGGGAGAGCCCGGGCCUUCAGGAGAACCUGGACGAAGGGGGCCUAAAGGAGACCCAGGAAGAGAU